AUGGCGUCAAGGAAGAGCUACCGCUUUCUUGGAGCUGGAGAGAAAAUGCAGUCGAUCGAAUUCAAUGAACAAUUCGAAUUCGACGAAUCUCAAAUUUGGAGUACCAAUGAAAUCACCACUAACCCAUCUGAAACUAAAAAAGCGAUUUCAAAUCCGAUUCCCAUCGGAAAACAACACAGAAAAAUUACAACCGAAAUUGAAUCGAAAUCUCUGCCGUUGAACGUACCGGACUGGUCCAAAAUCCUUCGAGAUGAGUACAAAACUCGCAGCAGAAAUUGGGAGGACGACAUCGAAGAAGAUGAAGUUGAGAACACAAAUGACAGAAUGCCCCCUCAUGAGUAUUUAGCCAGGACUAGAGUCGCUUCGUUCUCGGUGCACGAAGGGAUAGGAAGGACAUUAAAGGGGAGAGACUUGAGUCGGGUUAGGAAUGCUAUAUGGAAGCAAACAGGAUUUGAAGAUUAA